AUGACUGCUUCAGCUCAAGCAUUUACACGCGCAUUGCCAACAACCAAUGACCAGAACAGCGAUGCAACACUUUCUUCUAUGAUGGCUCUGCAGCAAGAUAUGUCCGGUCCUCUCGCGCAGGAAAUCAUUAGCAUGGACGGGACGUCGCAGCCGUCUCAUGGCGGUCGGAAACGCUCUAUCUCGUUCCCGGACUAUCACGCACACCCACGUGUUCUCCAGCCAUUCAAUACGGACACAAUUCGCAUCUUGUUGCUGGAGAACGUGAGUCAGGGUGCCGUGAGUAUGUUGCGCGAGCAGGGUUUCCAGGUCGACUUCAACACAGGUGCUUGGUCCGAAGACGAACUGGGUGGAAAAAAUCGGCAAUAUCACGCGAUUGGUAUCCGCUCGAAGACACGUCUCCCCAAGUGUGCGUUUUAA